AUGGGCGACCCCUCCGCAUCGGUCUCGCCGCAGCUGCUGCACCACCUGCACGCGGUGUGCGUGAUGAAGUACCCCAUCUACCAGAGCAUCCAGCCCGAGCACCUGAUCGACCUGCUCCUCAAGGCGCCCACGGUCGUGCAGCAGUACCCGUUCACGUGGACCAUGAUCGAGCCGCCGCCGGCGGGCACGCUGAUGCUGUCGUGGCAUCCGCCGCAGAUGGGCACGGGCUGUGCGUCGGACGGGUAUGUGUGGGCGGACCCGGAGAAUGUGCAUACGGUGGAUGUCAAGGGCUAUGUUUGUUCUCCCGCUUCUUUCCUUUUCUAUGAUUGUGCCCUUUUCGUUUCUCGAUCUUGGUUUUGUUUCUUCUUUGUUGGGGGCGAAGAGGAGGAGGAGGAGGAGGAGGAGGAGGAGGGGGAGAGUGCGUUUGGGCUGGCGGGGAGGCGCGCGGUUCAAUUGUUGAGCGAGCGUGUGCGGAGCGGCGUCGGUGUCGGUGUCGGUGUCGGUGUCGGUGUCGAUCGGGCAUGGGCAUGGGCAUGGGCAUGGGCAUUCGUUCAAGUGGAAAUCUACUAUCACAAGGCCGGCUUCAACCCCAAUCCCAACCUCCAGGCCGUCCAGUCCCACGCCCUCUUCUCGCGUCGCUGCUACCGCCUGAAGCCCUCCGCCCCCACGUCCCCCCCAGAAACCCACAACUUCUGGCUCCUCCACUACCUCAACGCCGAGCGUCAGAACCAGGUCCCCAUCGCCAGCAUCCCAAUCACACAGGGCGCGCGCCAGUCCUUCUCCGCCCGCUCCUACAUCGCACAGCUCUUCGCCGCCGGCCAGCUCCCCCGCAAGGAAUUCUAUCUCGGCGACCCCAGCACCUGGCCCAUGAUUACCCUCCCCAACCAGCAGCAGCAGCAGCAGCAGCAGCAGCAGCAACAGCAGCCGCUGCCCCCACAGACGCCGCAGUCCGCCCGCCCAAUGCCCCCCCGCGGCACACCCAUGCAGAACGCCCCGCCCCCGCAACAACCAGGCGGCUACUACACCCCGACCCCCACCCGCCCCGCGCCCCCCAAGCCCGCGCCGCCAUCCGCAAAGCGCCUCAAGCCCACGCCACCAACCCACCCCCAGGCCGCCGUGGACCCCGGCAUGACAAUCGACGAGGAGGAGGACACCUCCCGCGGCGACAUGCUCGACCACCUCUCGCCGCGCGAGAUCGCAACAACACGCUACAUCCAGCACCACGAGUGGAUGGAAGAGGUGCUCGGCAGCGUCUACAGCAUCUCCCGCAUCAAGCCCGUCGACCUCGGCCUCGGCCUCCGCGGCGAGCUCGAAAGCGUCACCAUGGGCCUCCUCGACCCCCCCGUCUACCCCCCCACCCCCGCAACCAACAAGGACGCCCCCGAGGAAAAGGACCAGCAGGCCAUCCUGGAGCAGUUCCGCCCGCGCGUCGAGCAGAAGAUUGCCGACAUCGAGGCCGAGAUCAAGCACAUGGAGGCCCUGCACGCCGCGCGCCUCAACAAGAUCUCCAAGAGCGGCAUCGCGAAAGAGGCGGAGCUCCGCCUCCGCAGCACCAUGGCGCCCCCGCCCCCGCCCCCGACCCCCACCCCCGACUCCGCCGCCGCAGAGGAGGGCGCCCCCGACCCGGUCCUUGCGCAGCUGCAGAGCGCAGACGUCGACACGCGCGCCAUGGACGCCGUUGUCGCUGAGGUCGAGGGCGCAAUUGGCAAGAAGGUCAUCGAGAAGCAGAUGCUCGUCAAGUGGGAUCUCCCCGUCGACGAGAUCGUCAAGAUGGGCGGCGUGGUGGCUGAAGGCAACAGCGGGCUCGACACCGUCAUGGCCGGCGGCAGCGGCAGCGGCAGCAGCGGCGAAGACGCAAAAGCCGGUAGCUCCGGCUCGGCGGCGGGCGCAGAGGGGGAUGAGUUUGCGGCGCUGGACAUGGGCGUUGGCGCGGACGCGGGCGCGGGCGGCGAGACGGCGUUUCAGGGUGAGGGCGGCGCGGCAGGCGAGGCGCUGGCCGGCGUGGAUACGAUCAUGGACGACUUUAUGAAUGUGGACUCGAAGCCGGACACGCCGGCGGGGGAGAAGAAGGACGCGAGUGUGGACGGGAAUCCGGAUGAUGGGUUUACGUUUGAUGCUGGCGAUGAUAAGGACGGGAUCAAUAGUGGCAUGCCGAGUUUGGAGCUCUUGGGCGGUGCUGACGAUACUGACCUGUAG